UGGGGAAGGUAACGGGCCAUGACGUGUGGAAUUUGUGGGUAAGUGUGUCGGUAAAUCAUGACCAGCCGAGAUACGUAUCGCAGCCCAAUGAUACUUCCUCCCCGUCCACAUCAGUACACGAGACACUGAGCUGAUCCCAGGCGAACACUGUCGUCUGUCAACCUUGAAAUAGUGAUCUAAAAUGACACAAUAGUCGUCACCUGACUGUGUAAUACUUUGAGGAAUACAGGCCGUUUAUUUACACCGUAGACAGCUUCUGUUGUGCUAAUUUCAAUUCAAACUCGAGCCGAGUUUAGUUGAACUAGUGUUAUUUAAACGGAUCGCACUGACAAUGAUGGGACUCUUCAACAAAGGAUUAGGAUGAAAACACCCGACAGCUGAUCAGGACAAUUCCUUUGUCAGAAUAUCAAAACAUUACUGGGAUUUUAUCUAUUAUCAAAACAACGGUCUUAGAUUUAUCAUUUUCCGAAAAUGAAACUUUCACAAUGUGAAUCUUAAAGAUAUUUUCUGAUAUUUCUAUAGACCAUUUACAUGGUACAGUGAAAGUUUUAAGAUCGUAACUUGGAUUUAAAAAAAAAAAAAGGGAUGGAAGGAAGAGGAGUGAGACGUUCCAUGUCAAAACGAUAUGAUUUACUUCAGAGACUGCUGUUGGUCGGAGAGACAGGAGUUGGUAAAACAUGUCUCCUUUGUCGUUACGCCAACAACGAGUUUAUGGACACGCAUAUCACCACUAUUGGUGUGGACUUCAAACUGAGGCGUGUAGAAGUGGACGACAAAGUGGUGAAGGCCCAGAUAUGGGACACAGCUGGACAGGAGAGAUUUGAGUCAAUCACCAAACAGUUUUACAGGCGAGCACAGGGAAUUCUUCUAGUGUAUGAUAUAACAAGUCGACAGUCAUAUGAAGCAGUGCCGAAAUGGCUGUCCUAUAUUCACCAGUUUGCAAAUGAAGAUGUCCAGAUAAUGUUACUGGGUAAUAAGACUGACCAGCAGCUGAGACGGAUGGUUACAACCAAGGAGGCAACUAGGUUUGCUGAAGAAAAUAAUCUCCUGUUCUUUGAAACCAGUGCCAAGUCUUCAGGGAAUCUGGAACAGGCGUUGUACACAUUAUGUAAGGCGGUGCUGGAGGUGGAAAUGAACAAGACAUUAAAGUUAUCGGACAUCAGCUUCAGUGAUAGGAUACACGAGGGAGGGAUAACGACACUGACACCGACAGACAGCAACGCCAACAAGUUCAAACUGGAACAGAAAGUGGAUUAUCAACACACAAAUGGACAUAACAGUAGUGGCUACGAGGGUCCAGUCAGUGAUAGAGACACAGUAAAUCUUCUACAGGACGACAAACAACAAACAUCUCACACCUGUUGUAGUGUAAUGUAAUGUGUUAUAGAGACACAGUAAAUCUUCUACAGGACGACAAACAACAAACAACUCACACCAGUUGUAGUGUAAUGUAAUGUGUUAUAGAGACACGGUAAAUCUUAUACAGGACGACAAACAACAAACAUCUCACACCUGUUGUAGUGUAAUGUGUUAUAGAGACACAUCUACAGGUUCGUUAUGAUUUAUGCAUGAAAUGUAACAAAUAACUGACAAGUUUGUUAUCCAAAGUCGGCCACUUGUCAUACUGAGUUGACUAUACAGAUAUUUAUCUGUGUAAGUGUAUUGGUGAGGAGUUUGAGUGAGGGACAGAAUAUCCCAAGUCCAUCGAUUCUGGGAAUAAGAGACUUACCUAUUAUCCUGUAUAGACAGAUAAAUGUUACACAUACUCUACCCUGAGCUAGAUUUUUCCGUUUCGUCCAGUCUGUGAAUAUUUGUCAUUCACAGAUAGAUUUACCUGUAUUUUGUCUCAGUGUCUGACUGACAUUCUGUAACAUUUUGAUACAACAUAUCAGAAAUUCAUUAUUUUAUCCCCCUGGUCUCUUGACGCUAUUUGAAUAAACAAGACAAAUGAGCAUCACUGUCUUUGACUGGUGUCAAGGAACAUGUGGAAUUAUCACAUUCUUUGAUAGCCCACCCACAGAGCUUACUCAGAGAGGAAAAUCUCUUGGAGAAAGGUCCAAAAAGAUUGCCAAGCAUGCAAAAUGUUUGGGAACAGAUAGAGUUUUGUCAUAUAUUGACUCCAUGUCUGGUGUCGGGGCCAGAGAAAAACACCAGACAUGGUGUUAGGCCCAGUGGAAGCUCGGGCUAGUCCUACACCGGACAUGGUGUCAGAUCCAGAUGAAACUUGGGCUAGCCCUAGGCUACACCAGACAUGGUGUCAGGGUCAGAGAAAAACUUGGGCUGUCUGGGCCCAGAGGAAACUUGGGCUAAUAUUGUUAGAGGUUGAUUCAUAGCAAAGGGAACUUUCUCCACACAUUGUUAUUAUGUGGAAAUUGAUUUUAUUAGAUAUUAAUUAACACAGAAAGAGUGAUUAUAGGAACACACUAUAGAUUGUUUGUAUGAGUAUUGAGAACAUUGUAGUGAAAUGUCUGUUUACAAGCAAAAAUGCACACAAUGUAAGGUUUUUUGUGAAAGUGUCAAAGACAUCUAAGUGAAAUAUUUGUUUAUCAGUAUACUUGUUUAUGUAUCAGUGAAAUGUUUAUCAGUGAAUUUGUUUAUGUAUCAGUGAACUGUUUAUCAAUGAACUUGUCGGUAUAAAGCUUAAUGUGGAGUAUUACUUAGUUAUUUAUGAAUUUGGAUUUUAAUUGUUUGUGUUUUAGGAUGUGUAAGUGCCAAAUUUUUAUUCAUUUUUGUUUGCAUGUAUGCAACACAGUGAAAGGUGCAUUAAUUAAAUCAUCUUUCAUCAAUUUCAGGAGAGAUUGUUUAAAAUAUAUACAAGAGCCCAAAUUUUAAGUAUGACAUUUAGCUGUUUUAUUUCUAUAAUUCCACAUAUCGUGACAAUCACCACAAACCUGAAGGAUCUCUGAAGUAUAAGAAAAAGGACAGCAUUUUUUUCGUUGUCUAGGGUACCUGUGAAUCAUUAAGGUACUUGAAUCAAAUGUUUUUUUUGACAGUUCCUGAAGCAACAUAUAGCUUUUUGGCAGCAUUAGACAAAAUUUCUCAAAAAAAAUGAUGUAGUAUUAUUUUAGUCAGAAAGUUUACUGACUAUCACAAAUAAAGGGUUAGGUUUACAAUAUUUUUUAAUAUUUUGAAAUAAAACAAUAUUUUUUCAGACAUAUUUUCAUGAAGCAUGAGAGUGGUUUAAGGGAGACAACCAUGUGACAUUCACUACAAUAAGUUUGCAUAAUUUUCAUAAAGUUUUAUGUAAAUUGUCUUGAAACUUGUAAAACAUAUAUAUUUCUUUAAAUUGUAUUUAUAUAUUCACAUAAUUUCUGUUACAUGUUUGACGUCAUUCACAAGUAAUAAAUAGCUUGUUAAAGUAAAGAGUUGAAACACACCAACACUAUUCAAUGUUAUUGGCAUAAAAUGCUGUCAUCCUUAAAAAAUCCUUAUUUUACAGAUGAGACUUUUUUAAAUGUCUGUAUAUUUGAUUAUCUUUUUAUCAAUAUCUUUGAUAAAUUUCGCACUCUGAAUUAUUUGCUCUAAAUUAUUUUAUAUCGUUUAAUUGAUUGUGAAAGGUAUAUUCUUUAGCUAAUUAUGGGACGGAAUAAGGAAUUGGUAACUGAAUUAGUUUAUCUCAAUCCUUAUUGUUUUACAGAAGUAUCUUAAAUUGAUCCAUUUAAUCCAAUUAUCUUUUCCGCCCCAAAUUUUAGCUCAUUUGGUCCGAAGUACCGAUAAGCUUAUGCCAUGAUGCGACAUCUAUCUAUGAAAGGGAACAAAUUUUGCAUAAAUAGUGACUCUGGCCCCCUUGGGAUUCAAGGGGCAGGGCCCAAUUAGGGACAUAAAGGUAAAUCAUUUUACACUGCUACAAGUCAUAUAUAAGGAAUUUUGACAUGGUUUGAUGGAUAUUAAUUUGGUUAAAAAAAAACGAUCAAACUUUCUUUGUGUGGUACUGCAUGGUACUCACAGACAGACAGAUCCCAAAAUAGAAAAUAUAAUUUUGUAAUGUUAUAAUACUGAUGAUCACUGAAGUAUAUCCAGGUGAUGCAGGCCCCUUGGGACUCUUGUUUUAGCUGCCAGGUAUAUGUAUAAAUACCUGUUUUUGAAGGUUUUACAUAUUAUCAUUGUUAGAUGAAAGACAUACAGAUAUUGCCUGUAAUACGUAUUAUAUUACUACUUUGCUACUUUUUAUGGAAAUUGUAUUUUAAAACAAUGAACAAACAUUUUUACAGCUCUUGGGACCAAAUGCAAUUUUUUUAUCUCUGUGAUUUAGAAAUGAACAAAUAAUUGUUUUUAAAAAUAAAACUACAACAAAGUGUACAAA